GCCCUCACUCCUGACAAGGCGACCUCCCCACUGUGGCCCCUGGAAAGAAGGCAGCAUGAGCUCUUCUCUGGACUCUGGUUUCGGCCACAGCCCUGGCUGGAAGAGACUGCUUCUAACAGGCACCCUGCUUGCAUCCUGCACCUGCUCUGCCUCCUCGGAGCUGCCCUCCUCUGCGUCUCUAAACUUCUUGACCGAAGGAGCCGUUGCUCACCUUCCUGUCCCCAGCAACAUUGAUGGCGUCCUCGCUGCUUCUUGGUUCCGAGGGCACGAGGCUCAACCAGAAGCCAUGAUCUUCUCCCCUGAGGGCCUCCCAGGGCCUGGCCACACUGGCCGGGAGACACUGGACACCCAAGGCAGCCUGGUCAUUAGCAAUGUGACUGCUCAAGACUCGGGCAGCUACACUGCGGUGCUGGAAACCAGCAGGGGACGCAGGAGUAAGACAGAGCAGAUACGUGUCAACGCCAGCUCUGACCUGGUUCUGCUGCUGACAUUCCCGAGUCAUAUUCAGGGUGUCAUCCAGAGUGAUCUCAACUACUCAGUGAUCAUGACGUGUCUGAGUGCAAUCAGCCUCAAACCCAUACUAUACUGGACCUUCAAUGGGAAGCCUUGCGAGACCGGGGAGUACCUGAUCAUCCGGAAAUUGUCCUGGAAGGACCUGGGCACCUAUGCAUGCGUGGCCAAGAACAGCCAGGGAGAAUAUUCCUCCGACCCUGUGACCAUCCUGCUGCCGCAAGUCAACGUGGAUCCUACAAAAGCUGAGCCCAUCAUGCCGGACGCCGUUCUCCCCGUUUCAGGAGGAUCUGCCAUCGCCCUUAUUGUGUCCGGAAUGGCAGGAGUCGUGAUACUGACCGGAGGCAUGGGCUUCACCAUCCUCCAGAGCCAAAGGCGGAGAAUACAGAUAUGAAGCUGAAGUGUGGAAACCUGUCUGUCAGCCUAAGAAAUGAUGCCAGGAAGAGCAGAAACAGAACCCUGGGGCCAUGAUGAAGUUCCUGGGGUUCCAAAUAAGACGUCCUUCCUCCUGGCUUCCUGAUCUGUGGGAUGUCCUCAUCUUGUUGAGCGCCCCGGGGAAAAGUCCCUGCUUUUCUGUCCUCUCACCAGCUGCCAACACUCCAUAUGGCCAUCUUAUCAAACUUCUGGAAGCCACCUAAAUUAGCAGAGUAUAUUUCAUAAAACUCAUGGGCUGUAAGCAAAAGAAAUUCACUAAGGUGGCUCAAUAAAAAAUAAAAGGAAGAAUGUAAUAUAAGGAUCCAGGAAAAUUUACAGGAAUCCAAGGGCGUAUCAGUUAGCACUUACUGUGUAACAAACUACCCCCCCAAAAAAAAUACCAAAAAAACUUAAUGGCUGGAAACAGGCAUUUACUUAGCUUCCAAUUCUGUGGGUUAUCAAUUUGGGCUAGGCUCAGCUGGGCUGUUCUUCUGGUCUCUGCUGGGCUCACUCAUGCAUCAUGGUCAGUUAGCAGGCUGCCUAGGGGCUGUUUGGACUAGGACAGCCUCAACUGAGACGACUGGCCUCUCCACACCAUCUCAUUCUCUAGCAGGCCGACCCAAGCUUGUUCACAUGACAGAGACAGGAUUCCAAGAAUGAGAGCAGAAGGGGCAAUGGGUCAAGGUUUAAGAAUUGGGCCAAGGUUAAGGAUUGGCACAUCAUCACUUCUGCCACAUUCUAUUGGCCAAAGCAAGUUACAUGGCCAGCCCAGAUUCAAGGGGUGGGGAAAUUAACUUCCUUCUUGCUGGGAGGGGAAAAAAUCUGUGGCCAGUUUUGCAAUCUACCACCAAAGGCAGGAGUGCUGGGACCAGGGCAGUUGCUUACUGCCUUUCUCAGACUCCCAUCCCUCACCCUUGUAAUCCUGUUUUCCUGGAACAUGCAAUUCACAGUUCUCUUUCUGUGUCUCUGUCUACAGAUGGGUGCUCAAUGCUUCUCCAUCCAUGUAGAGAAAGACACCAUCCCAUAGCUUCUAAGUCCACAACACUGCUGUUGAAGGGAACAGCCCAACUUAGCCAAAAUCCCUUUGUCUUGUUUCUGAAACCUCUGGAGAAAGCACCUGAUUGGCUUACUUGGGUCAGGUGUCAACCUUAGUCCCACCAUGGUGGCUGGGGUGAAGGCAGGGAUGUUUUUUACAAUCAGAGUCCCGGGAGCUCAGCCCUGUCUGUGGGGUCUCUGUACUCAAAGGGGAUCACGGCAUAGACUGUGUAGAUACCUGACCAAUGCACUGUGUACCUGAAGAGCUGAAGUAGAAUAGUAUUGAAUGUCAACUAUA